GUACGUUGUUGCCGUGUUCAGUCAAGUUCAAGCGAUUCGAGCGUUCUGAUCGUCGACGUCGCCAUUAUAUUCGCGGAAUUGUUGUUCCCCCGCAUUUCCUACUGUUCACAAAACUGUCGAGCGCCUUAGAGAUCCAGCGUGAUCCAGUGAUCUAUGCGUAUCCCUCGCGGUAACGUUUCUCGCUCCAAGUGCAUUUCUUCCGUAAUACUGUUGUGUGUACUAUUUUCCAUGCGGAUUUUUUGUAAAUAGUGCAAGUUUGGAUAUAAUCUGUUAAAAUAGUGGAUGAUGCUACGAGUUAGGGACGAAGCAGUGGUUACAGAUUCAAGGACAGGCUUUUCAAUUAAUUUUUGGUUUUAUCUUAGUAUCGAAUUUUUAAUUGGCGCUGUUAUCUCUGGUUUCUUGACUCUUCUUGAUGUCAUAAAAUCAUUUCUACCAAAACCACCAAGAGAUUUGACUGGCGAUGUAGUUUUAAUUGCCGGUGUCUCGUCAACCUUCGGCGAGUCUCUCGCCGAGGAAUUUGCAAAGGGUGGAUGUUCCGUGAUCUGUGUGGAUAACGACUUUAGAUCCGUGGAAGAGAUAAUCAGCAGGUUAAGAUCGCGGUGCUAUAAAGUGAAGGGAAUCGGGUCUGAUCAUAGGGAACACGAGCAGGAGAAUGUAGGGCCUAUAAUGGCGGCAUACGAAUGCAACCUGCUGGACCGUAAUGCCAUACGCGAGAUUGCCAAGAAGGUCGAGGAUGAGAUCGGUGGCAUCGAUGUCCUAGUGACCUGCGCCGGCCAACCUUAUCAAGAUAUAUUUGAUACGGCCAAUACAACUCUUAUGAGCCAUUAUUGGAUGGUGUUAGCAUUUUUGCCAUUUAUGUUACAACGUGAUAGAGCACACAUUGUCGGAAUUAUGCCAAUUGCAUCCACUCAGGAUGUAUACUUGAGUUCGAGGACGGCAAUUGCCAGUCUGAUGGAAAGUUUAGGUCAAGAAUUAAGCAAUCGGAAUAGUCAACUUACGUUCCUCGCAAUUUCACCAACGACAGAACCCAGCUCGACAAGACAACAAGAACAACAAAUUGCCAAGGAGGUUGUACAGGCGAUUAGAAGAGGUCAAUGCACUAUUAGCAUUAGUUGGUGCUCAAAAAUGUUAUAUCAAAUAAGUUGUGCGAUAUAUAGCGCAAUAACGACGGUCUCACAAUGGCUUCACACGCAGGGAUGUGAUUAUUCUUUUUAAAUCCUGUUCUUGCUCAUGAAGCGUGAAGUAUUCCAGUCGGCCAUCAACACGAGUGUGGGAAUUCGCGUUUUCUAUUAGCAAAUUCACUCGAGAUGAAUAGCAAAAACUUUUGAAAAUUCUUGAAAUUUAUACACCAAAUAGUACCUUCCUACGAAUUGUACGAAGAAAAAUUAUUCUGAUAUUUCAAUUAAUUAUACAAAGUCAAAUAUUAAAAUUAUAAAUUAUACUACAUUAUUAUACUGCGAGAAAAUAUCCUUGUAGUUUUUAAGAAAAUAAUAUUUCUGUUAAUAAAAAUAAAAAA